GCAUUCGAAUUUUAGUUCUUGUAAUCAUGAAUGUGAUUGGAGCUGUGAUUUUGUUAGCGCUUCUGUGCGUUCCUAUGUUAGCAGAGGUGUGGAAAAUCCUUCCCAGUCCGCCCCGAGACAGACGAGUCUGCCGUCCAACGAAACCAUGUGCAUGGGUAAUAUAUGAACCUGACACCAAAAGAUAUUAUGGCUAUCUUAGGACCAAAUGCGACUGCAGAAGGAACCAGAGGUGCUCAUUAAAUAGGGAGAUUCCUGAUUUAUUUCGAUAUGAAUAUCUCUGCACACUCCGAAAUGUAACGUCGAGGCGAAACCGGACUCGGACAUCUGAUUCUGAAAACACGACGGAGACUGAACUCCUUGUCCAGACUGAGAUUUUGUGGAAUCUUACCUCUUCCCCAAUCAUGGAUACAUGGAAUGAAACAACUCCAGUGACUAAUUCGACUUUCGGAAUUACGUUCAUUGCAUAAUUCUGCCUCCUCCUGUUCUUAAUGUUCAGUUUUAACUUGCUUUUAAUUAUUUUAAAUAUUUGUAUACUUCAGCUAGAAUAAAUUUUAAACGAUUUUUAAGGACAA